AUGGAUGCGAUCAAAAAGAAGAACCGAUUCGUGUUCCUCUUCGUGCUCGUCGUCACGUCUUCGUUCGUUUUCGGCGAGGAGGACGACGGCAAAGAGGACGAGAUCGAGUGUGUAAACUCGUGCGGAGACACUGUCGACGAGUGGAAAAAGUGCGCGAAACAGUGUUACGGCGACUAUUUGGGUGAGUUUCGAAGGAGUUUAUUCAAGACGUGCGAUGUAUCUCAGCGGUUUGUAGCGAUAUCGAAAAGUACGCAACUGGUAAAAUUUAUUGAGUUUUUGUUAGUUGACAACUUUUUGAUAGCUCUCAAGGCAGCUGAGUUAUUUAUUUUGUCUUCAUGUUCUUUUGCAUUUUUUCCGCAACUGAAAAAAGUAUGCGAAAGUCUACGCUUUGCGAGCACAGUUUCAGCUUUUUCGCUCCGCGCUCAUUCUGUUACGACUUCAAUUUCAGACGAAAGCGACCAAACAUUUCUGGCGUGCGAAUCGGACUGCGUCGACCGAUUCUACAAGCCGGACGUCGAAGAAUCAGAGCUUGGAGACCUGGAAAUUUGUGCAGCGCGAUGCGUCGAAGAGUACCGCGGAGAACUUCGCGCCAAACAUUGA